GGCAGUUUUCGCAUCAGCCACCUAAAAGAAAAUGCUCUGCACUAGUCGCCACCUCUGCGAAAGCCUUUUCAGCUCUGUUAGUGCCGCGGAAGUUGUCCGUGACUGCCUUGAUGCCAUCCGUUGCGGCCGCACUGCGCAGGCGCUUCCUCAGCUGAACGCCUUGAAAGCGAAGCACUUCCGCGUCGAAGGGGUCGACUACGCGCGGGCGCUCUGCUUUCUUUCCGGCGGUGCGCAAAGCGGCCCCUUCGAAGCCCGGCAGAGCCUCCUCGAAGAACUGCGGCUCCACCCACAGCAUCAGCAAGCCCAACUUCUCUUGCACGAAGUAAAUGAACUCGUCCGCCCGCUCCUCCUGCCGCCCGCGGAGAUUCAAAAGCAGCACCCACUCUUCGCACUCCUGUGUGACGCCCUGCUCGACUCCACGAUGCUCUCGUGGCCACGGCUCUAUCGAUUGUACGAAGCAACGGACCGGCUGGCUCGCAACGAAGGAGAGAAGGACUCUGGGCACGUUGUGGAGUGUGGGACGGCCGGGGGCGGCUCCGCCGUGCUCAUGGCCGUCGUCCUUGCAGAAAGGGAAGCCCCGGUUCGUGCUGGUUCAGCGCGGAAGCAGCGUCGCGUGUUUGCCUUGGACACCUUCGCCGGGAUGCCUCCCCCUGGCAGUGAAGACUCGCUGGUGCAGCCGCACCAUUCGAACUCAACAGGCGCCGCUGAUGUGGAUAGCAGCAGCACUGCGUCGUGGGGGGCGGGAACGUGCUGCUCCUCCGUCGCACACGUCCAGCAGCUCGCCCGUGCUUUUUCUGUGGAGGAUCGUCUCGUCCUUCUCCCCGGUCUCUUUUACACCUCCAUUCCCACUCAGCUGUUGACUCGACCUGACAUUCAGCACGAUGGCAUCGCGCUGCUUCACGUGGACGCGGACUGGUACGCCUCGACGCGCACGGCACUCGAUUUACUCGUCCCUGUGAUGCGCCGCUGCGAUAACGGGAUGCGGUCUGCUCUUCUUCCCCGUAGGCGGCCGUCGUCCCCGCCGCGCUUUGUGCAGGUGGAUGACUACCACUUCUGGAAAGGGUGUCGCACCGCGGUGGACGAGUUUCUUGCCGGGUGGCCUUCGCUUUCGUCUUCCAAUUACACGGCGCCACUUCUCGAAGAUGUGGACGACAACGCCGUCUCGUUUACGGUACACAGAGACACGCCAUUCUCGAUGGGUGGUGAGGGAAGCGCAAGUGCUUCUUCCGCAUAA